CACGCAAUAAGGGUUGCUGAGGUAGCUGGAGUUACUGAGGGCGGAAGUUUUGCUUUUGAAGAUGGCGACUGAAAUUAAAGACUCAGUAGGGAAUAUAGAGGACGACGAAGAGGUGUCCUCAGAAGAAGAGUCUUCUGUCUCUGCAGAGGAUUCGGCAGCACAAAAAAGAGAGGAACGAUUAAGGAAAUUUAGAGAACUCCACUUGAAAAGGAAUGAAGCUCGCAAAUUAAAUCACCAAGAAGUAGUGGAAGAAGACAAACGGCAGAAGCUACCGUCAAACUGGGAAGCUCGAAAAGCUCGUUUAGAGUGGGAGCUAAAGGAAGAGGAAAAGAAAAAGGAAUGUGCCGCAAAAGGAAUCGAUUACCACAGAGCAAAGUUACUUGAAAUAAGUGCUGAAGAUGCAGAAAGAUGGGAGAGGAAAAAGAAAAGAAAGAACCCUGAUCUAGGAUUCUCAGAUUAUGCAGCUGCACAACUGCGUCAGUACCAGAGACUGACUAGACAAAUUAAACCAGACAUGGAGGAAUAUGAGACGCAGAAAGAACAACAUGGUGAAAAUUUCUACCCAACAUCAAACAGUUUGUACCAUGGUACUCAUGUACCUUCCAAAGAGGGGGUUGACAGAAUGGUUGCAGAUCUUGAUAAACAGAUUGAAAAGCGUGAGAAAUAUAGCCGAAGACGAGCUUACAAUGAUGAUGCCGAUAUCGAUUACAUCAAUGAGAGGAAUGCAAAAUUCAACAAGAAGGCAGAGCGGUUUUAUGGAAAAUACACAGCCGAAAUCAAACAGAACCUGGAAAGAGGAACUGCUGUAUAAAUUGUUUUUAUUUGAUUUAAUAGCCAUGAAAAUAUAACCUGGUGAACAGUUAAUUAAACCUUGUUACUGUUAUCUGUAUGUUCAUAAAGGCUGAAUCUCCAUACAUAAGAAAACACUUUUGUACACAUUAGUUGUAUAUUUUACUAUAUAUAUCUUUGUAGGAUGAAUAGACACAUUCUCCCUAUGAAUUGUAAAAUGUUUAAGCUUUAUUGACCACUGUUACAAAUAUCCAAUUUACUUAACACCUAGAGAGCUUUAGGGAGAUCUGGGGGCUUCCACGCGCUCCUACCCCGGUGAUCGGGCCUGUAUAUAUUUUGCACAGUGAUGUCACGUGCAAUGACGUGAUGACGUCACUGUACAACUUUAUUUAAACUUUAUUUAAAAAUUACAAUAACAAGUAUAGGGAAAGGGGGCUUAGCACCCAGGUGGGAAAGUGCUUAGCACUCAAAGGGUUAAACACUUUCUGUUGCAAGUAAAUGAAAAACAAAGAAUACUAGGUGCCCAGUUGCUCCUGGAUUACUUUUCUUAUACUUUUGCAAAUUGUGUUUGCUGUAUAAUAAAAUGCAGCAUUUAAAGGGACAGUAAAGUCAAAAUUAAACUUUCAUCAUUUAGAUAGAGCAUGCCAUUUUAAACAACUUUUCAAUUUACUUCUGUUAUCAAAUGUUUUUGUUCUUUUGCUAUCCUUUAUUGAAAAGUAAAACUAGGUAGGCUUAUAAGAGCUCAGCAGUGUGCACGUGCCCUUAGUAUUCUAUGGCAGCAGUUUUUUUGCAACAUUAUUUGUAGUUUUGCUGCAAAACACUACUGCCGUAGAGUACUAAAGACACAUGCACACUCCUGGAAAGUUGUUUAUAAUUGCAUUACAAAUCAUGAAAGUUUGAUUUUACUGUCCCUUUAAACAAAUUGAGAUACUACUAAUACUUUAUUUAAUAGCAUGUUAUAUAACGACUUGAACACCCCUUUAAUAUCUGGUGUUGCUUUCAUAAAACAUAAAUUGACAAAUGAAGCAUUAAAGGGACAUAAUAACCCCAAAACAUUCUUUCAUGAUUCAGAUAGAGAAUAAUUUAUAUUAUCUAAUUUGUUUUACCCUCUUGGUAUGCUUUAAUGAAGGAGCAGAAAUGCACUACUGGUGCACUACUGGUUUCUAACUGAACACAUGGGUGAGUCAAUGACAAUCGGUAUAUAAAUGCAGCCACCAAUCAACAUCUAGAACUUAGUUUAUCUGCUGCUCAUGAGCUUGCCUAGAUAAACCUUUCAGCAAAGGAUAACAAGAGAAGGAAGCAAAUUAAAUAAUAGAAAUAAAUUGGAAAGUUGUUUAAAAUUUUUGGGUUUCAUGUCCCUUUUAAUGAUGAAAUAUAAAUAAUCUUUCACAAAAAUAUUGUAUAUAAUGGUGUAGCCAUAUAAUUUAAGCAAUCAAAAUAACUUGUAUCUUUUGUUAAAUGGGUACCUGGGAGAGUGUAUAGAGAGCUAUACAAUGUAGGGUUUGUAGUUAUAAAAUAGCACAAUGGCUAAUUCCUCUGGAUGCUUACUGGUAGUGGGAGCCUUUGAGCACGUAGUGAUAAAACAUCUAUAGAAAGUGAUAAUUACAGAAACAAAUUGGACACCACCUCUAUUUUAUUUGAAACAAUAUGUUCUGUAUAUCUCUUCUCCUUUGGGUGUAAAUGUGGGAACCAAGCUGCCUUUUGUAUUUACUUUACUUGUGACCUAAAGCGGUUAAAAAAAUGCCUGUAACCAUUACAUACACUGUUUAGUUUCCUUGUCUUUUACCAUGUCAUUGUUUAUUUAAAUUGGCAGUAGUCAGUAAAGUAUGUAUGUGUUUAGCAGAACUCAUUUUUUUUACAGAAUUUGGUUUAUUUUGUAGUGAAAAAGCUGGAAACAAUAUAUAUAUAUAUCAUAAAUUAGAGUUCGGGAACAAUAAA